GUUCAGUAUAUUUUGAAAUGUGUUAUCGUGUCUGGCUUUGCGCAUUUUCUGAAAGCUUCUGGAUCGUUUAAACGCAUUUGAGACCCGAUAAAAUUACCAACUGUAUUGAAGAAAAACGACUUUAACCGAGCCAAAUUAGUCGUGUUGGUGUCAUUUUCAGCGAUGGCUGAACAACACGUCCGUUUAGGAUGUUGCACACUAACUGUCUCAGCGCAUUGGGCAUUCAGCGCAGUCUUAGGUUGGAUUUUCACUAUCGUCUAAAUGCAAAAUAUUAACUGAAGACUUAACUUAAGUAUUACCGGUUGUGCACAAGAAGAUGAAACAAAGUAAAAGAAAGCCAUCAAGAAAAAAGAAAAUAACCAGACAACUGCAAAAUGUUAAGACGGAGCCAUUGCCCUCAAAUGGUGAUGGCAUCAACAUGGACACAGAUAAAACCGAAACAUUUCAUGAAACUCAGGCCUGUGUUUUAAACACCUCUCCUGAGGUUACACAGAUGAGACAGGAACAAGGAGACUUGGAAGCAUCCCAGCAUCAAAACGGGGUAUUUGAACAACAUCAGCAACAGAACAUUAACCUGCAGCCUCAUUCAAUUGCUUUCUCUGUAUUCGUUCCAAAGACAGAACCAGACUGUGUUCCCUUGAACCCACCGAAUUUUCAUGUAAAAACUGAGCCUGGUAUUCCUGAAGUAUUGCAGAGAGAGCCUGGUUUGAGUAUAAAGGAGGAAAAUGAAGAUAACUGGACAGAAGUCAAGCAAGAGAUGCCAACUGAAAACACUCUGGAUGAUUCUGGCCAGGAGAAAAACACGGCUUCCUCCUUUCCAAUUUUUCCUUGUCCUCAUUGCUCUGUGACUUUCACUGAGUUCUCACACUUUGCCAAACACCUUAAAUGGUCCCAUCGAAGUGAAUACUUUGCCUGGGUGGAAAAUCACAAUGUAUUCAAUUGCUCGAAAAUAUCCUCUGGGAUGCUAAGCUGCUCUUCGUGCCACUUUCGUUUCUUCUCUCAGAAGCAGUUGGAGGCACACAUGCGCAGGGCCCAUCUCCCCAAACCCAAACCCACCCGAAAACGCUACACCUGCCCACAGUGUGCUCGCAGCUUUGAUUACAUUGGUAAUCUGAAAAGGCAUUGCCGCAGUUGCCACGAUUUAGCCACUGUGUGUAAAGAUGGACAGAUUAGCUGUGCUGCGUGUGGUAAAAGCUUUGCAGGAGUGUGGGGUGUUGGACCACAUCGCUGCCACGAGCCAGAGGACAAGAAGAAACCUGAGGCUGGAGCAGAUGGACCGAUUUGCACAGAUCGUGGCUACCUGUGCCGAGACUGUGGAAAGAACUGCUCUUCACUUCAGUGUCUGACUAUACACAAACGCACUCACACUGGCGAGAAGCCGUUUGUGUGCAAAGAUUGUGGCCAUAAAUUCAGUGAGCGGGGGAGUCUGCGGAGGCACAGAGUCGUCCAUACAGGGAUCAGGCCACACAAGUGCCCUGAAUGUGGUAAAGAUUUUGCCAGAAUGGCCCACCUCCGUUCUCAUCUCAGAACCCACACUGGGGAAAGACCGUACCCUUGCCCCCAGUGCGGGAUUAGAUUCAGCCACAAAUCAACACUUCAUAUCCACCAGCGAGUUCACUCCAAGGAAAAAAACUUUCCAUGUCCCAAAUGCGGCAAAACUUUCUCUGCUCUGAAGUACCUGGAGGCCCACCAACAGGGACACAACUCCGAGCGAUUGUUGCAGUGCAGAGAGUGCACCAAGACGUUUUCACGAGAAGAUGUACUACGGAAACACCGUCGCAUUCAUUCGGGGGAGCGGCCGUACCAUUGUGAUGUUUGCAACAAACGCUUCAAACGCAUACAGCACCUGAAAAACCACCAGCGCUCACACACUGGUGAGAAACCUUACCGCUGUGAGCACUGCGGCAACAGCUUCGCCCAGUCUGGUGAUUUGACGAGACACAUGAGAGGACACACGGGGGAAAAACCCUUUGCCUGUUCUGACUGUGACCGCCGUUUCACCAACUCCGGUGACCUGGGCAAGCACAGGCGCAGUCAUACGGGCCAGAGACCCUACAAGUGUACCGAGUGUGGGAAAAGUUUUCGAAUGCCCCAGCACCUGAAGCUACACAAGCAAACACACACGGGGGAGAGGCCGUUCAGCUGCCCAGAAUGUCCUCGCACCUUCACUCGAUCACACCAUCUCUCUCAACACUUGGAAAAACACAUAUGAGGAAGGAUAACUGGACAAAUUCUGUUUAAAGGAAUAUUCCCGGUUCAAUACAAGUUCAGCUCAAUCGACAGCAUUUGUGGCAUAAUAUUGAUUACCACACAAUUUAAUUUUGACUUGCCCCAUCUUUUCUUUAAAAAAAUGCAAAAAUCUGGAUUACAGUGAGGCACUUACAAUGGAAGUGAAUGGGGGCCAAUUUUUGAAUGUUAAAAUACUCACAACUUUACAGCUCAAAUAAUACAUGAGUUUUAAAAGAAAAAUGAAUGUAUGUGCUUUUAUAAAAUUAUAAGCUUCACAUUUCUACCUAUAAACCCACCAAAAAUUGGACACAUUCACUUCCAUUGAAAGUGCCUCACUUUAACCUCGAUUUUUGCUAUAUUUAAAGAAAAGGAUGGAUGAAUCCAAAUUAAUUUUUGUGGUAAUCAAUGUUAUGCUACAGAUGCUGUUGAUUGAGCUUGUACUAACUUGUACUGAACCUGGAAUAUUCCUUUUAAAGGAAUAGUUCAUCCAAAAAUUUUAAUUGUGUGUUUACUCAUCAUCAUGUCUUCUAAACCUGUAUGACUUCUUUAAAUGGAAACAGAUACAUUUUUAAUGAAUAUCCAGUCUGUCUAUUCAUUACAAUAUCAGUUGAUAGUGACUCACUGUAAAGCUUAGAAAAAGCACCCAUAUAGUGCAUGCAACUCGUGCAUCAUAUUAAAACAUCUUCUGAAGCAUACGAUGGGGUUUUGGUAAGGAGCAUCCUGAAAUUUAAGUAAUUUUCCAGUGAAAAUCUUGAUGACCGUUGCAGAAUUAUUAGUGCUGUGGGUUGGAAACUUGGGUUGUUUAUUGCUAAAAACAUGCGUCACUGUGAAUGCACCUGUUGGAACUUCUCUGUCAGCUGUUAUUGAAUUGACAAGACAUACUGGAAAAUUAUCCCUUUGUGUUCUGCAUAAGAAAGAAAGUCAUACAGGUUUGGAAUGACAUGAGGGUGAGUAAAUUAGGCAGAAUUUUUGGAGGAACUAUUCCUUUUUGGGGGGUGGGGGUGAUUGAAUUGAAUUUUUAUUUUAUUCAAUUUGUUUUUGCUACUUCAAAGAGAAAUUUUAAGUGUAGUUGACUUAAGUCUUCCUAUCUGGACUGCCCUUAGAGGGUUUGCAUAUUGUUAUUUUGCAUGUUUUACACCUGCAACCACUGGAGAUGUUAACCAAAUGGAAUUAAACCCUUAUAAUUGUUUUUGCAUGUAAUAAAUCUGGGGGAAAAAGGGCAGACCAACAACCGGGGCUGUAACAAAUACUUAGACCUUAUUAUGUUUCUUUGUGACCUGUACCAACAUUUGCAUGUUUAAAUUCUAUCAACUGCACAUAUUGUAAUGUGUCAAUGUUUAUACAGUAUAUGGUGGUUAUAGCUUUCAUGAUCCUGAAAUCUUUCCACCUUAAUUAUCACCAUCAUAAAACAAAGUAUUUUGUGCAUAUUACUAAUGUAUUAAAUAUUAUUGUGGCUGGCUAAGUUAAUAUACAUCACUUUGAAGCAGUGAUGAAUUGCAUUUCUGAUGUAAUUUAAAAAUUCUGUGUAACUGUGUAAGAUAUACAUUGUAAUUUUACUGUGAAUUCUUAAGAUGAUGAAAUUGACUAAAUGAAGCUUGUGCUCAUCAUUGUGUUAGCUUAAAUGGUGGAAGUGAAACAGUAUUCUUCAUCUGAUCCUUAAAUAAAGCAAAAAUAUCAGUA